CCCACCCACCACUGGCCACCGGAGCCUCCUUCCUCCCGGAGACAGAGACUGGGCACUGUGCCCUCUCCCUGGAGCUGCAACCUUGAACCCCGAGGAGGAAGUGAAGGAGGUAGGGUCGCUGCAGGGGGCGUGGCCACCACCUUCACAUCCAAGGAAUUGGAGCAGGCUCCCCAGCCCCCUCUGGGUCCACCGCUUAAAUACAGGACAGGACGGGGCUCUGUCUCCUCAGCUUUGGUUGCCAGCCAGCCUGGGACAGUGAACCGACGAUGCCCUCCUCCAGCACGUGGGGCCUCCUCCUGCUGGCAGGCCUGUGCUGCCUGCUCCCCAGCAACCUGGCUGAUGAUGGUCUCCAGGGAGAAGCCGUCCAGGAGACAGAUCCAGCCAAGCAGCAUCUAGCCUGCCAGAAGAUCGCCCCCUACCUGCUCGACUUCACCUUCCACCUGUACCGGCAGGUGGCUCACGAGUCUAACACCACGAACAUCUUCUUCUCCCCUGUGAGCAUCGCUACAGCCUUCGCCCUCCUCUCCCUCGGGAGCAAGGGUGAAACUCACACCCAGAUGCUGGAGGGUCUACAUUUCAACCUCACUGAGAGAGCAGAGGCUGACAUUCAAGACGGCUUCCAGCACCUUCUCUACACCCUCAACCAGCCAGACAGCCAGCUGCAGCUGACCACCGGCAACGGUCUAUUCAUCAGCGAGGGCCUGAAGCUGGUGGACAAGUUUUCUGAGGAUGUCAAGAAAAUCUACCGCUCCGAGGCCUUCUCUACCAACUUCCAGAACCCCGAAGAGGCCAAGAAACAGAUCAACGAUUAUGUAGAGAAGGGAACCCAAGGAAAGAUUGUGGAUUUGGUCCAAGACCUUGACAAAGACACAGUUUUUGCUCUGGUGAACUACAUUUUCUUUAAAGGCAAGUGGGUGAAGCCUUUCGAUGCUGCGCAAACCACCGAAGAGGACUUCCACGUGGACGACGAGACCACCGUCAAGGUGCCCAUGAUGAGCCGCCUGGGCAUGUUUGCCAUCCAGCACUGCAGCAAGCUGCACAGCUGGGUGCUCCGGAUGGACUACGAGGGCAACGCCACCGCCCUCUUCCUCCUGCCCGACCAGGGGAAGAUGCAGCAUGUGGAGGACACAAUGAACCAGGAAUUCCUCGGCAGGUUCCUGGAAAAGAGAUACGGAAGAUCCGCCAGUUUAAAACUGCCCAAACUGUCCAUUUCUGGAAAGUAUGAUCUGAAAACUCUCAUGGCUAAAAUGGGCAUCACCAAGGUCUUCAGCAACGAGGCCGACCUCUCAGGGAUUACUGAGCAGGCGCCCCUCAAGCUGAACAAGGCCCUGCACAAAGCCGUGCUGAACAUCGAUGAGAAAGGGACGGAAGCCACUGGGGCCACGUUUGUGGGGGCCAUCCCCAUGUCUGUUCCCCCAGAGGUCCACUUCAACAGGCCCUUCCUCAUAAUCCUCUAUGAUAAGAACACCCACUCGAUCCUCUUCAUGGGAAAGGUGGUGAAUCCCAAGCAGGGCUAACCCCCCUCUCUCAGGAGGGGUCAGCCCCUUCCCCUCCUCCCUGAAAUUAAAGAAGGGUCAACCAGGCCCGAGUUCGAG